ACAGUGGUCACGUGGUAACGAAAAUGCUCGUACAUUAUAGGGCGACCUACGAAUUGAUUGAUAUUGCGCGGUAAAUUCAAAAUCAUACCGCAAAUUAAAGACAUUUCCUUUUGCAAUAAUACUAAUUCCUAUUUAAAAUAUUUCUUAUUUAUAUAUCUACUAUAUUCACAUCGUCAAGAGGUAUCGAUUUUUAUAACCGAGUAAGAUUGUCACUUGUAUCAUGACGCGUCGUACGAGUGAUUUAUAAAUAUCACGUUGAGGAAUAAUGAAAAUGUGCCACUAUAUUAAAUUAAGUGCGAUCUAAAAUGCUGUAGAAAUCGAUGUUAUUAGGCUACUGUGUUAUGGUGAAACUGUGUUGCUACAAAUGGAUGUGGAUUCCGUUGAUCGUGUUUUCUAUAUUAACGAUAGUGGAAAGUAAAAGACGUCAAAAGAGAGCCUUCAGUUUAUCACAUCGUUAUCAGCAGCAUCUAAUUCCUAACGAAAAUCAUAACGAUUUAACAUCGAAUUCUAUUUUGAAUGUUAAGAAGUUAUCCUCAAACGUGAAUGCAUCCGAAGAGACGAUGACUACGACGAGUUCGUUUUUCGAUAUAAAACAGUCUGUUAAAGAAAAGACGUUAUUAGAUCUCGAGAAACCUACACUUUUCGACGACAUCGACAAGCAUUCCGAUUUAGAGGAAUCGUCGAACGACACGCACAUACGAGUAAAAAGAACCGAUUUCAAGUUUGUUAAGCCGGACAAACGUCAGUCAUUGAUACAUUUGAAAAGUAAUUAUUUCGAAGACCUAGCCAAUUCUUUUCCAAGAAAAUCUUCAAACGCGGAACACCGAUCGAUAAGAAAAAGGCACGUUAGAUUAUCGAAAAGAUCUAAUGAUUAUUACAAUACUUCAAAUUAUCAAAACGUAUCUUCUAACUCUAAUGGAACAUUUUCCAAUUUACAAGUUACUGAAACCAAUCGUUACAUUGAUAGUUAUAUUACCGAUUCGAUGUCAUCAAAAAAUCGUUGUAACAACGUCGAAGAAAAAGUUGGAACCAUCUUCAAUCUCGAAGCUAAUAUCUCGCAAACUUUGAAACCAGACGAUUCGAUGUUAGACAAUGUUGGAGCUUAUAAAAUGAACUCUAAAAGGAAGAGAAAGUCUAAGAAAAGUACCAAACGUAGAGUUCUUCAUGGAAAGAAAAGAAAAUUGGGUAAACAUGGUGGGAUAGGUAAGAAAAAAGGGAUUUCCUCUAAAGCAAGCGGCAAACGUAUCUCGAACUCGUUAAAAACGUCCCUUUCGAAAGCCAAGCAACAAAAGAAUCACACGAUUAGAAAUAAUUCACCUAAGAUCGUCGACGAUUAUCAAGUCGAAUCUGAAAUAAAAAAAAGAAAUUUUAUUGACGCUGGAUCGGAAAUUGAUAUAGCUCGAACAAGAGAGAUUUCUGAUCAUAAAAGAUCCUCUCGCGAAGGUAAGAACGAACAAACCGACGAACAAACGUUGAUAGAGGAAAAGAAAGAUGUAUCAGUGAACGAUAAUGUACGAGAUAAAAGAAGCUUACGUAAAAGGAAGGGGAUUAUACUCGAAGAAAGAGAGACAUCAUUAAGGACUCGAUUAAAGAGAAAUGAAAAUAACAAUUUAACGAUACCGAAAUAUCCCGAUGUUCUUGAAUCCACGUCGUCGUCUUUGUCAAUGUUAUCAGAAAAUAAUUGUUCACUGUUUGAGAAACCACGUGGCGAUAGAGCAGUGAAAUCCAUCGAGGAGAUCAAAGAACUCGCGGAGAAGUUAGUUACCAAAGUGAACGAGUUACAAAGUUAUCUCAACUAUGAGAAGCAAAAAGAAAAUAAAAGAGAGAAGAUGAAGAAGAAGAAAAUGGAGACGCGUGAGAUCGAAGUUCCUCGUGAUAACGCGACGAUCGAAGAAGAAGUGAUUUUGAAAACACCGAAAUUAGUGGAUGAAUGCGUACGAAUAGGCGAUCUUAAUACGGCCUUAAAAACUCUAGACGACAGAAACGCCAGUCUCGAUCAUGUUACGAUGAAGGAAGAAUCAGGAACUGAAAGGAUUAAUUUACCAAACGAUCGAACGGGCCCAUUGACGAAAAGGAUGGUUCGUAAAAAUCGAAUUAAACGAAAAUCACGUCGUAAAUGGGGCAGGUGGACGGGUUGGAGCAGCUGUAGUGUCAGUUGCGGUAGAGGUCGACAGAUCAGAUGGAGACAUUGUUUACGCGAAUGUAGUACAGUUGAAACCGAAAUGGAAGAAAAGGCAUGCCAAAUGCCCGCCUGUCCACCUGCAAAAUUUCUCGGGUUAUUUUAGAAUUUCGAGAUGAUUGUCACAGUGAUUCGUUCUUCUAAUCGACGUUCCUCCAUAACGAGUUGUUUAUA